GAACCGCAAAACGCAUAUACAGUUACUACAUGCUAAACUACUGCUAGCUAACAUGAAAAAAAACAUAAACGAAACCAACAUAGUCACGUACACAUACAUACACAGUCUUCCUCUUUGGUCAUGUCCUCAUGGCACCAAAUUGGAGCUUUUCUGUCAAAUUAAGGCACGCUUGAUUCAUUCGACGUCAAUUGAGACUAGACUAUAUAUAUAUAUAUAUCCUCAAAAUUCACAAGCAUCCACCACCAUCACCUCAAGAUAGGAUUGCACUUGCCUCCUACCAUCACAGAGGCAUCUCUUUUGCCCCUAAUCGACUCCGUUUUCGCCGAUGAUUGAUGUUAUAGACUUUGCUGAUGACUUCUUCAAUGGACACCUCUUUCUUUGUCAAUCAAAAGGGAAAGUCAGAGAGACAUAUUAAUUACUAAUAGAAUGUUUUUCACUCAACUUUUAGAAUAAUGAAAACAGCACGAUAUGUUGCACGGGACCCAGGGAAAAGUUCUAUUGUAAAAGACAAAUCAACUUAUAUUUUGGUUCCCAGGCAAGGUGAUCAAAAUCUUUCAAAUAAAUCUUCAAAUGUAGCUUCUUCAGAAGGAAACCAAACUUUUUAUGAGAAUGGAAUUGCUGGAAGUAAUGAUGUUGGAAAGAAGAAAGUACUACUUCUUAAAGGGAAAGAAAGAGAAAUAAUCACCGUAUCUGAUUCAGAUAACAUGUCACAACAUCAUAGCAUAACGUCUUCAACUAAAACAAUUCUUAGCUCUACAGCUCUGAAACAGAAUCAGCAGCAUGAAGGUAGUGGAAGGAUUAUCAAAAGCAUACUCACAAACAAGGAUUUUCGACAAAGUCAGUCUUCCAGGGGCCAUUUUGAGCGGCAGAUCCAAACAUCUAAUUUAGAAAAAGAAAAACAAACCACUCGCACAGUUCAUGUGCAAUUGAUUUUGAAGGGCAUUGAUGGUGUGCCAGAGAAUAGGAUUAUUGUGCAUGGUUUACAUGUUUCUGGUGAGAGACAGAAGAGGCGUUUUAGACAUAAGGAUAGGCCUGACCGUAGUGUUUGGACAAGUCGUUCCAAUGGAGGUGAUGAAUCUUUGUCAUCCUCAGCUUCUUCACAAUUAGAUCCUUUAGUACAUGCUUUAUUUUCACCUGUGGCAUCGAUUUGGUAA